GGGCUGGAGUCAUCAACACAAGACUUGGAUAUGCAGAUUUGCAAGUUUUCUUCCUGUGAUUUAUUGAAUGGUGUUUGGUAAAAUGGCCUCGGGAGUACUUAACCAGCAUGUGACCGAGUCACUGAAUGACAGUAACUUUUGUGACGACAUUUCAACAGAGGAAAAGGAACCGCCACUUCAAAGUUACCUUAUUCUAACUAUGUUUACCUGUUUUUGUCCUGCUUAUCCUGUCAACAUUGUUGCUUUGGUCUACUCUGUCAUGUCUAGGAACAGCUAUUAUAAUGGUGACUAUGAUGGCUCAAGGCGAUUGGGCAAGAAUGCUCUCUAUGUCGCCAUUGCUUCCAUUUUCAUUGGCCUACUCGUCAUCGCUAUCAUCUGUAUUGUGCAUUUCACCACUAUAAAUCAUAUGGUCUGAGUGAAUAAUGAAGAGGGACUUUUCGAGAUACUCGAACAGGACAUGCCAAACUGGUGAUUGUGGGAUGACCUCAGCAAAGGUUAAAAAGAACUGAUGGUAUUAAAUUACUGUUUAGUUUUAUUAGCUCUGAAUCUCUCAAACCUGACCUGUAGGUUUCUCUGAGUAAAAGUUUUAUGUUGUCGAAUUAAUUACACUACCUGUUUAUAAACAUUAGUAAUACUUUGAAGCUGAGCAACAAAGCUUGCAAAUUAAUGCAAGAGUCCACAAAUCCAUGUUUUACAUAUUUUGCCGUGGCCAAAUAUUAUUAAGACAUUGCCUGCUUGGAGUAUAUUAUCCAGAAUAUCAUGCUUAUCAAUUAAAAACACAUUUUUUGAUUGCAUAAUAAAUUUAUAUAUGUGCAUGCACUAUAAGAUGUUUUGUGAGACUGUACUAUGAUUAAAAAGGAAAGCACUUCACCUUUUGUUUAAAAUGUUGAUAGCAUUCAAUUAUGACGAUAAGGUAGUUUACAUACGGCAUAUAUUUACUGUAUAUAAACAGUAUAUAUACUGUAUAUCUGUAAAUAUAAAUGAGUGGGUGUGCGUGUGUGUAUGGUUGCCAAACAUCCCUUGAAAAGUGGAAUGAUCCCGUAUUCAGAAGCAAAAGUACGUGUUCCGUAUUGAGCUUAUAAGGGACGUGCUUUGUCCCGCAUUAUCAGGAAAAUCGAAAAUAAUGUUUUACUUGUAGAACGAACCAGUGCUGGUAUGGUGCUUUUAAAGGGAUCCACGGAUAAAAAGACUUGUAUUUCUUAAAAGAUAACAUUAUUAUGAGUUAAAAUAAUUUGAUAUUAAAACCUCUCCUGGUGUUUUCGUUCUUAUACACUUUGUAAAAUUAGUAUAACUAGUAGGUCGCCAUUGUUGUUGACGUCGCAUGGCGGUGACGCCACUGGGUUACGCUGCCGGGCUUCAAGAGUAUGACUCUAGCGACAUAAACAUGUCAUCUGUUCAACCCUUUCAAUCUGAACCCAAGAGGAACAUUAAUGAGCAUGAUAGCACUGUCGAUAUUUCACAAAACGAGCAGCAAAAGCAGAAUGAACAGGAAAGACGAUAUUGUGUUACACCGGCGAUAUGUGCUACAAGAGGCGAAUUUGACACCCAAAGUUCCACCGUGCGCUUUCAGCUUGUUUUGUUUAGAUCCUUACAGACAGAACAUAUUAAAGAUGCCUUAAGAAAAUACUUAAACGUAGUAAUACCAAAUAAGGGUGGUUUAAAUACGCUACGUGACUCAUGUGGUCAACAGAUCAACAAACUGCUUUAAAGCUACCACAAGAAAAUACAAUGCUUAAAAGUAUGAGAGGGAAACAUGCAAAACGUAUUUUGAGGCAAUGAAAAAGUAAUAAAAGACUCAAUAAAAACACAAAUAGUAAGUACUUGCUGCUUUUAACCGAUGUGCGCAUGCGUGCGCAAGCGCACUGCACUGGGCAUCGUGUAGGACGUCUCGCUGCGUUGGAAGGAAUUGCAGAACACCGGUAGUGUUCGUCUAGUGACAGUGACAAACUACGUCAGCACCCCGAGCGUCCAUUGCGUGCAUAAAACCUGGCACCCUCCGUAGUUCAAAACAUGUACUAAAUAUUAUAGACUUUUAAAUCGAUGGCAAUAUUUUAUGUGUUUCGAAUAACAUAUUUUCGUAAAAGAGAACAGUUGUGGCUUAUUAGAGCCUACAAGUCCUUUAAGUCUGAGGUUCCUUUUAAAGAAUAUGUAGGGGAACGCAUUCCCCCUCCUCUCCUGCUUUCUGACCAAUAAACUUACAGAAAAUGAUAAAUCCGCUCAUCUCAUUGGUCGAGGAGGUAGUCGCUUGCCACAAGAAAAACGGAAGACAACACAAGAGUGUGAGAGAUAAGAGGUUUGAGUGAAGCAUGACUAAAAAGCAUGUUCAAAAUGAUGAUCAUUUUGUUUUCUUGUUCUUCUCUGUGUACUUUAUUUUCAAUAAUUGUAUUAUAUUUUUGUGUUCUGUCAAUUUCAUUUGCAUUUCCACAUUAUAUUUGGAGUGAUCAUUUGUGAAACUGUUAUUGCUGAUGGGACUUUGAACGCACCUAAAUUGUUAAACUCUGGGCAAAACAUUUUUUUUUUUUUUUUUUGUAACGUUUGCACAUUUAAAAAAAGGAUUUGGGGGGAAAAAAGACAAAAAACACAAACAAAAAAGGCUCAGGACCUGAAGGGUUAAAUUAUACUUUUAAAUUUAGCGUGACAGAUUAAAUUUAGCAUGACAGAUGUUAAUUCUAGUAUUUUUUGUACUAAAAAUACUUUGCCGAUAAUCAUUUUUUCAUAUGCUCAUAUCACUAAAAUAU